AUGUUGAAACUGAGAGGGAGAACGACUUUAGAAAAAUCACUGAUUGUCUUUAGUGUACUAGCUACAAUAACAACCCUUGUAUUUCUUAUUACAUUUGCAGUUACCUACACCAGUGCUAUGGAAGAUAAAGGUACAGAACCACUACGAGAACUAUUAGUAAAAAAUGGUGCAUGGCCUGUAAUAGACACUGUUUGGAUUGAGUCAAAUUUUAAAAUAGUCCCAACACUAGUUAAGCUGCAAGCUAUCAAUCUAGAUCCAAUUAUCAACAUGUUUGUUUCUACUGACUUUAAAGAUUCCUCCAAACGAGUUAUUUAUAUCGACCAACCUAGUUUUGGAAUGCCUGGACGAGAUUAUUUUUUACGAGGUAGAGAUGACGUUAUGUUAAAAGCUUAUGAAGAAUACGGAAUCAACUUAGCCGUUGAGAUGGGGACCGAUCGUCUUGCUGCUGAAGCCGACUUUAAAGAUCUCGUAGAUUUUGAAAUACAACUUGCAAACGUAUCGGUCCCAGCUGAAAAUAGACGAGAUGGUGAAGCCUUAUACAAUCCUUAUACAAUAGCAAAUUUAUCAGUGGCUUACCCUAAUGUAGGUAUACUUCAUUUGAAGAACAUGUAG